CAUUGAAUUAGUCACUAAUAGUCGACCGAGUCUUACAUUCAGAGCAAUGGGCGGACACUUGAAGUUUCACUUCUUUAUGGGUCCCGAACCGAGUGAUGUCUACAAACAGAUAUCGGAUGUGAUCGGGCGGCCAGCGAUGCCCCCGUACUGGGGUCUGGGCUUUCAUAUGUGUCGCACCGAAACCGAAGAGGGAAAGGGAACCAAAGCUAUUGAAGAAAUGAUCGGUAAUGACAUACCAUUCGAGUCCGACUGCGGGAGCGCCGCCUUCUCCGGUCAACUCUUAGAGCAGGCGCCCAUUGAUCUGUCCAAAACAUUCAAGCAAAAUAAAAUAGCGCCUGAUCACAGCAUCCGAGCGCUGUUAGUACAGGUGCCCUAUAGGAAACUCGAUGAUAAAGUGGUCGAAUGGCAAUCCUUUCUACUCCAAAACGAUGCCAAUCCUUCCAAGCCUUUUGAGGGCCAGUUCUUCGACUGGUGGAAGAAUUCUGACGAAAAAGAUAAUCUAACGGUUGUGUACCCGAUAUAUAUGGACGUCGGCGCUAAGAGUACUGCCAAUCUAUUGGAAGCAGAAUUGACAAAAAUCUAUGGCAUAAGCGAUGAAUUCGAUGGAAUCGAUGGCAUAUUCCUCGACUAUAACACGCCAAUCGAUUUGACGCCCAAUGUGUCCAAAACUUGUGCCACAUUUCUGGCGAAUCACAAGUGGAAUGAAUAUAACAGUAUUGAACUCAAUCGAUACACACCGUGUCUCGACUUUUUAUAUCCAAAUAAAUUAUCGCAUUUGUCUCAACACAACCUCUACGGACACCAACACAUGGAACAGAUGAGGAAAGCGUUCACCAAAUACUACACCAGUUCUACGAUCGCUAAGAUAAAGAAACGGCCGCUAAUUAUGAGUUUGUCGACAUUCAUGGGAAGCGGUCGUUACGGCGGACACAUCGGCACUAAUAUGAACGCCACGUGGCCUAUGAUGGCACAGACCAUCUUCCAGACCCUCGAAUUCAAUCUCUACGGCAUUCCUCUCACAGGCUUUCCUGUCUGUGGUUUCAAAGGUGAAUUACCGGACGAUGACCUGUGUAUCCGGUGGUACCAAUUGGCAGCUCUUCAGCCAUUCAUGAUAUCUCACCGGGACUUCGCGCAAAAGCUUACGGAUCCCAUAGAGCUGUUCGGCGACGGGAACGAGAAAGAGUUAGACUUCAUAAAGAGCUCAAUAGUAAUCCGAUACCGAUUGUUGCCAUAUCUCUACACACUCUUCUACGGGGCGUACAAAACGGGAGAACCGGUAGUCCGGCCCCUAUUCUACGAGUUUCCCGCCGACAACAAAACCCAUCGCAUAGAUAAGCAGUAUAUGUGGGGUCCGGCACUUAUGGUCACUCCCGUCACCGAACCCAACGCCAAGAGUGUCGGCGCGUACUUUCCAAAAGGGAUCUGGUACGACUAUUACAGCGGUCGGCGAAUAUCGUCUAAAUCUGGUCAGUCGGCGAACUUGUCGGCCGUCAUGUCCAACAUUAAUCUGCACGUAAGGGGCGGUCAUGUGAUCCCCACUCAGUUAGAGUCCAAUAACACGGCUCUCUCACGGAAGCAAAACUUUGUAUUGAUAGCAGCGCUCAGUCAAGAGGACAGGAAAGCCGAGGGAACUCUGUAUAUCGACGAUGGUAUCAGCCCUAUGCCCGACGAUCCCACUAAAGACCUGCCGCAUCUGAGCGCCACAAUUGUGGUCACCGCCUAUAAUAGCACCAAAAACGAUGACAACCACAACAAUACCAUAACCAUUACCGUUGAGGGCGACCUUACUUACAAAGAUGAGGACCCGAAUAGCCCGUUGGCAAUGGUCGACAUCAUUAAAGUGUUUGGUGUUAUUGAUCCGAUGGAUCCGCCGGAGUUCAACAUAACCAUCGGUUCCGGUAAUCCCGACACACGUAACGCCAAUACUCAAGAGACACAUCGGGUGGCCGUCGAGUGCGCCAACAGAGCGAAGAAGAUUGCGGACAAACCGUACGAUUAG